UUUUUAUUUGCAUUAAAAUUUGUUUACAGAACAUCAGUGAUGGUGAUGUGUGUGAGAGUAAGUUGAUUGGGGACAUUGACCACAUCACUGACAGUGACUACUUCAAGAAUGAAGUAUCAUUUGUGGAUGAUUACACUAAAGAAUCCUCACAAAGCAUCUUUGCUACUGAAGAAGCUCAUGAUAGAUCCCUGUGCCUAGAUGAGCCCUUUGUACAAGAACCAGGUCCUCCUACUGAGGCAUGGAACUCCUACAGGACUGCCCUAGCAUCUCCACCUCACAGCAUGUGGAGAGAUGAACUAGAAGAAUCUGAUUCAGAAGUGGAAGACAAUGAAGAAGAAGAAGAAACUAUUGCGGCCAAGCAUGAUGGACACGAGGCUGAAGUCUUCACCAACAAACUAGAGUCGCUUGUUGCCCGCAUGCAGAUUGACAUGUCCCUCUCUGCUGUGCUUACGCGCAUCCAGGUUUACCAUGCAGCGUAUGUGAGUCGCGUGGCUGCCAUCCACACGCAGACAAUGGCUGAGCUGCAGCGCUGCAGAGACCUGCAGCUCCAGCAGGAGACGCUGCAGGAGAAGGAGGGCCUACCAAAGCAUGAGGAGGUUGAAGGAGUCCUCAAGAAAUAUGCUGAGAAAAUUCUCAGCCAGCAAGCAGCAGCCGCUGAUCUGCGCAAAGAAGAGCUGCUGCAACGGCUGCAAGAGCAACAACAACAACAGCAAGAACAACAACAGUUGCUGGAACAGCAGCAGCAGGAACAGGAGCGGGCGACGAUGGUGGCAGAGCUUCGCGAGUCCUACGCACAGUUCAGUGAUGCCUUGGACACCGUGCUUGCUGAGAUAACGGAGUGUGGCGAUGUGGCGCUGCCCGAGGACACGACGGAGGCGCUGAACGCGACGCUGCAGUUGGGCAGCGAGGCGCUGAGCGGCGACGCGGACGCCGAGGCGCUACAGCAGAGCACCGCCCGCCUCACCGACGGCCUGGCGGUCCUCUCCCACAUACGGGAGGUCAUCCAGACGCACAGAAAUUCAUCGCGGCGUGAUGAACAAGAAAGCGAGGCCGCGGCGACGCUUGUAAGUCUUGCCGGCGACGUCCCGCAGGCAACCGCCGAACUUUCCUGCGCUAAACGCAGACUGGAGGAGCUGACGGCGACGCAUUCUUCGGUAAUGCGACUUAGCGGCGAGUUUCUGGCGACGGAGGACACGGAACUGAGAGGGAAGUUAUCCUAUGCCUUGUCAGUUGUGAACAAAUUCCACAACGACAGCGACGCCUCCAAUAGAGAGAAGCUCCACACUCUGGUGAGCUUGUUAACAGGACAGCGCUGCGCAGCGGGCGCGCAACAUGUACAAGUCGCGGACCCGCACUCCCCGGUCGCCAUGUUCGUCAAGGAACAACUGAGCAGCAAACUCAUUGCCCUCGCGCACGACAAGCAAGUCAGCAGCCAGGCCGUUUAUGCGUCGCUAAUUGUGCGCCUGGGAAGUUUUGAUCCUUUAUUGCUGGACUUGUGCGUGUAUCAGUUGUACCGCACGUGCCCGUAUCUCGUGCCGCAGGUGCCUCAGAGGGAGGAAUACGAGACCGUGGAGGAGUACCACAGAGCCUUGGGGUACCGUCACAAAGAUGGCGGGGAGAGAGAGGCUUUAGACAGUUACCUCAAACGCAUGGGCGCCGCCAGUCAACUUUUUGGACGACUCGUAUGUCUUGAUGGCGAUAAGCCGCCCACUGGACAAAACACGUCCACGGAACAAAACCUUUGGUCUUUAGGUCCCCAGUUGGGAUGGCGGUGGCUGUCCCGAAUGUUACUCUGCCCCGUGCAGUCAGCCGUAACUUGCGCCGUACUUCACGGGUUCCUGAGCGUCGCGGGAGCUCUCAUGGUUAAAGUGUACGGCCGGCAGAUGCACAAGAUGAUGGAUCACUUCAUCGAACGCCUGCUGCCUCUUGCUGAACAGACCACAAGGGAGGGUGGGGAGGCUGACCUCGCCUCACUCAAGAGCUUGAUGACGAAUUAUUCACACACCAGGACCUUCCAACCCCCGCCUGAGGGGUAUCGUGCUUUAUUGUGAUCUACAUUACAAGAAUGUACAAAGAAUUAAGUAGGAUUUAUUUCCUUUAUUUGCUAUGCUGCAUUAUUAUUUAAGUCUUGUUAUAAGAUUGACUUUUCGUACAAAUUACAGAAUGUUUAUCUGAGGAAACUUGUGUAUCUCAUGCUGACUUGGAGCUGUGUGACUCCACAGUCCUCAAGAGAGACUCAUCAACUAACUGUGGUUAUGGUACCUGUGAGGUGCUGACCUGUUAUCUGUUAUAUCAGUUUACAGAGAAGUGCAACUCAUCUGGUAUACUUCUUUCUCUUGGUGCCUCCCAAUUUUUUUCAAUGAAUGGAUUCACUAUAUUGUUGGUGCCAAUGACGUGUGAUUUUUGUAAGGGCCACCGAAUUAUGGUACGUUAGUGAUGUCGUUAUCUCGACUAACUACAAAGCGAAGAAUAUUGUAUUGGAACGCUGGUUAGCAUCCACUACCUUCUGAUGUUAGCUGCAGCGAGACGUCUGCCUACACUACGCUCACAAGUAAUCUAAUUUGACGGAUAAAUCUAUUAUGACAAUUUUUAGAUAUUUUGUUGGGCGAGGUUUUUGUAUUUUUGUAAAUCUCUAAAAUGUAAGUGUGAACUGACAGCAGGCCCUAAGUUGCGCAAUAAACUCCACCAAAAUGGAAGAUAUGCACCAACGUUAUGUCUAACGAUCAACCUCACCAAAUCCGCGAUUUUAGCGCACAUCCUUUGAAGAAAGAGGAGUGGUUCCCGAAACCGGGGUGAAUUUUCUUGCUGGUAAUUUUUUCUGUGGUAAUGUAUAGAUGAGUUCUAUAAUUUGCCGCAUAUAAAGAAAUUAUGACAACUUUUGACCCGGUAAAACGUUCUAGAAUCACUGCUGUAGAGAAUGUUUGUGCUAUUCAAACAGUCCGUGAUCAAAUGCCCUUGAACAAAAAGUUCUAGCACAAUCAUGGAAUACAUUUACGCUGUCCAACGUAACUUAGCAAAUUUUAACCUUGUAACAAAAAUUGAGGUUGUAAUAAAUCUGAUAUUUUUAACUAAAAUAUACGAGUUUC